CGCCCGGCCCUCAGUGCUCAUGGGGCAUGGAGGAGAGGGCGGCAGCUGGCGCGGGCUGCCGGGAGCCGCCUGGCCCCCUGCGGGCCGCCGCCGUCCCGUGCUUCGGCAUCUUUGUGCACCAGGACGACAUCCUGCCAGGCGCCCUGCGCCUUAUCCAGGAGCUGCGGCCGCAUUGGAAACCGGAGCAAGUUCAGACCAAGCGCUUCACUGAUGGUAUCACCAACAAGCUGGUGGCCUGCUACGUGGAGGAAGACAUGCGGGACUGUGUGCUGGUUCGGGUGUACGGGGAGCGGACGGAGCUGCUGGUGGACCGGGAGAAUGAAGUCAGGAACUUCCAGCUGCUGCGAGCACACGGUUGCGCCCCGAAACUCUACUGUACCUUCCAGAACGGGCUUUGCUAUGAAUACAUGCGAGGCGUGGCCCUGGGGCCUGAGCACAUCCGUGAGCCCCGGCUCUUCAGCCUUUCUACAGAUGUCCCUAAGAUAGAGGUGUUGGAACGGGAGCUGGCCUGGCUGAAGGAGCACCUGUCCCAAUUGGACUCCCCUGUCGUAUUUUGUCACAAUGAUCUGCUCUGCAAGAACAUCAUCUAUGACAGCACCAAAGGUCACGUGCGGUUCAUUGACUAUGAAUACGCUGGCUACAACUACCAAGCUUUCGACAUUGGCAACCAUUUCAAUGAGUUUGCAGGUGUGAAUGAAGUCAAUUACUGCCGGUACCCGGUACGGGAGACCCAGCUGCAAUGGCUGCGCUACUACCUACAGGCACAAAAGGGGAUGGCCGUGACCUCCAGGGAGGUGGAGAGGCUCUACGUACAAGUCAACAAGUUUGCCCUGGCAUCUCACUUUUUCUGGGCACUCUGGGCCCUCAUCCAGAACCAGUUUUCUACCAUCGACUUUGAUUUCCUCAGGUACGCGGUGAUCCGAUUCAACCAGUACUUCAAGGUGAAGCCUCAAGUGUCGGCCUUGGAGAUGCCAAAGUGACCAGCUUCCCCAUUCCUCCCCUCCCCAUCUGCCUGGCAGGCCAGUUCUCCAGGGGUUGGUUCUGCUCUGGGGUCCACACCCUUUGACAAGGUGGGAGAGGGGACAGGUGGGUGUCCAAGAAGACUCCACCCCUGCUACCAGCCCCAAGUAGGUGCUGCUGUGACCACAUUCUCUUGUUUCGAGAGGCUGAUGGACCCAGCUCUGGGGGUCCCCUUUACCUGGCCAGACUUGGGGGAAAGUGCCUGUAGCCAGCCAGGGACCAGACCACAACCACCCUUGGGAAGCCCAGUGUUCCCAGUGUUCCCAGUGCCAGGCCAGACCGGAAUCUGGGCUGCCUUAGAUGUGUCGCUUGACCUUCUUGGCUUGGGGAGAAGGGAAGGUGGGAGGGCUCCUUUCUACCUCCAGCGCCCUGAGCCUCCAGCCCAUCAGCCAACAGGCCCCACGUGAGAGGUGCUGAGCCCAAACCAGCAUCAUGCCAACUCUGACAGAUGGAUGUAUGUAUCUUGGGGCGGCAGGCGGGGCGCAUCUAGAAUUGGGUUCAUUAGCCCCCCAGCAGCUGCCUCAUCUGAGAUCUCUCUUUCUCCAAGCAAGAUCCAAUCAAAUAGCCCCUUCCCAACCUGAGCCUGAGGACUUGUGCUCCCUUCCUGUGCCCUUUCUGCUCUGUGCUUGUGUCUGUCUCUCUGCAGCCUGCUGGGAGGGAAGGCAAGGGAGUGGUGAUGUCCUGGGCCUCCAGAGCUGGGCUCUUUCAAGCUAUGGCUUGAUGGAGGGGACAACAGCCAGCAGCCUCCUGCCUUGUUCCUUCCCCCUGCCUUCCAGGCCCUCACUUCCAAGGAUCUGUCUCUCCAUGUUCACCUUCUGUCUUGACGUUGACCCAAGGUCUCCAUACUUAGGAAUGACGAGCGGGAGUCAAGGGGCAGGGGCCGGAAACCUCCAGGGCUCGCCUGGCAUGCGAGAGCCUGGCUAGAAUCCCCCGAAGUGCUCACUGAGCUCAUUGCCCCUGAUUCCCAAGGGCCUCCACCUCCUUUCUACCCUUACAGCCUCUGGGGCCCAUAAAGUGAUUCAUUUGUAACUUAUCUUGAUUUUCUGCAUUAAAAUGGCCAUUUCUGGACCA